ACACACACACCCUCCCUGACUGUCUCACUCUUCUUCUGUCUCUCACUCCUCCGGUUCUCCGGGUUUAGCUGACGGUGUGAUCCUUUAACAACAUGCAUGCGGGAGGUAGAGAGCAGCACGCGCACUCCGUCACCAGGCUCGCGCUCUAAACCGUGCGCUGGGAUUUAUCAGCGGUCUGGCGCUCUUUAUCGAGCUCGCGGUCGGUUAGCAGGUCGCUGCAAGGCAUUAAUAAACACGUGAGCGCACGCGUUGGUACUCUGUAAUGAUCCGGAGCGCUCAAUCGGAGCUCCAUGCACUCUCCGCGCGCAUGCACGCGUGACCGGAGCCGCUUCUGUGUCCGUGCGCGAGCGAUACAUGGCCGCGGCUAUCGCGAGCUCGCUCAUCCGGCAGAAACGGCAGGCGCGCGAAUCCGGCAACGAUCGCGGGGCCGCUUCGGCGCGCCGCUCGAGCCCCGGUAAAGAGGCGCGCGUGCUGUGCGGAAGGCGCCUGUACGGUCUCUUCAGCAAAGUGCGCUUCUGCAGCGGCGGGAAGAAGCGGCCCGCGCCUCGGAAACCAGAGCCACAGCUGAAGGGGAUUGUGACAAGGCUGUUCAGUGAACAGGGGUUUUACCUGCAGAUGAAACCAGAUGGAACCAUUAAUGGGAGCAAAGAUGAGAACAGCGACCACACUCUUUUUAAUUUGAUUCCAGUGGGUCUGCGUGUUGUGGCCAUUCAGGGUGUGAAGGCAGGACUUUAUGUGGCCAUGAACGCUGAGGGAUUCCUCUACACAUCAAAUGUUUUUACAGCAGAGUGUAAGUUUAAGGAGAGUGUGUUUGAGAAUUACUAUGUGAUCUACUCGUCCACUCUGUAUCGUCAACACGAGAGCGGACGUGCCUGGUUUCUCGGCCUCAGCAAGGACGGCAUCAUCAUGAAGGGGAACCGUGUCAAAAAAACCAAACCCUGCUCACACUUUGUCCCUAGACCCAUUGAGGUGUGUAUGUACAAGGAACCGUCACUGCACGAGUUAGAAGAGAAGCUGCGCAGCCGGAAAGACUCAGGGACGCCGAGCAUGAAUGCAGAGAAUCUGCCGAACCCGGACUCGACCGAGCAGGAUGGCUCAUAGCUGCUCACUCACACCCUCACAAACUCACACAAACACACUCGCAAACUCACAGACACACACACACACACACAUACACAUACACACACACAUAGCACCUCACAGAAUUCACACCUCAACAGGAGAAAAAAAAAAUCACCCAAGAUACAGCAGAUUGAUAUCUGCAAUCCUGUGAAUGUCUCAGAAAGGAAACAAAGAAAAAAAUGGAAAGAAAUCCUGUAUUUGAAAUCAGGACAUUUUAUGCAAAGCCUGCCGAGCGCGCGCGUGUGUGUGUGUGUGUGUGUGUGUGUGUGCGUGUUAUACCUUGGACACGAAAGGAAAAUGCUGUCUAUAUGUAUGUGUUUGGAAGUUUAAGCUUUAAAGCCAUGUACCAAUCUUCACAUGUCAAUUUAUGAAUGCAAAAGCACCUUCAUGCGCUUCUUUCUGUUUGCGUGUGUGUGUGUGUGUGUGUGUGUGUGUGUGUGUGUGUAUGAAUGUGUGUGUGCUGCUCUGAUCAUCGCUAUCGACCGUCAGUUUCAGAUUCUGCUCUCCAAUUGGCUCAAGUGGUGAACGCUCUCGCUCUGUACUCGGGUGAUGGGUGGAAUUGUGAUCUCAGUGGACUCCAAAUUGUCGUCAUCUCAGACGUUCAGAAAUAUUUAGAUUUAACGUGCUCGGAAUGAAUCGGUCCAAAAUGUUUGUUUGCACAUAGCAGCUUUUUAUUUGGUAGCAUUUUACAAGACGGCUGUAUAUAAUUUACAUUACGUGCCAGGGUUCGUUCGAGCUUCGCAGCGCGCUAGCUACGUACAGUACGCUCGCCGUAGGCACUAACGAUCCCUGCUGCUUCCUUCCAGGCUUCAUUGUCUUUCAUAAUGUCUCUACACACAGAGUAUGUGACAGGAUUAAGGUUAAGUUACUUGGAAACUACAAGCAGGAAGUAAGUAGGGAGCUGCAGAAACCUUAAACGCCAUGUGAUAUACCGUAGGCUUGCUCUGAGGAGACGUUUGUUUGGUUGUGUAACUUUACAGCGUUGUAAAUAAUUUGCAUAGAAAUCAUGGUCACUGAAAGUAAGGUAAGAAACUUCAAAAGAGGUAAAAAGCUACCAGUUUUAUGUAGAUGGAAAUGCAGGUGUGUUACUGGAUUUUCUGGGUACUUUUGAAGGGCGGGGGAGGGGCAGGCUGGCUUUAGUGGUUACCAAUUUUGCCCCACACCUCCAGGGUUGGGGGUUCGAUUCCCGCCUCCACCUUGUGUGUGUGGAGUUUGCAUGUUCUCCCCGUGCCUCGGGGGUUUCCUCCGGGUACUCCGGUUUCCUCCCCCGGUCCAAAGACAU